GGCCAAAGUAAAGCCCUCUUUUACAUUGACGUCAAGAUCUUUACUAAGAUUAGGGUUUCAUUUCUCUAUUGCAGCAAUUAGCCAGGGAAUGUAUAAAAGGCUACAGGGAAGCAAGCUAGGACUCCAGAGGGAAAGCACUUUGCACCACAGACAGAUAGCAAGAGAGAGGGAGAGAGAGAGGAGGGAGGAAGGAGCAAGCGAGAGAGGAAAAGAAAGUUUGUAUACAGAGACGUAAAAAAAAAAGUCUUGUUGCACCUGGUAGCACUGGUGAAACAGAAAUGAGAGUUCUGCUUCAUGCUUAAAUAGCUGAGAGACAAUGGGAUAGUAGGGGAAAGUUAACAAUCUCUGCUUAAAUUUUAUAACUGCAGGGUACUGGAAGCACAGCUGCCUCUCGCUUUAAUGUAGUCUUAAGGGCUACUGGAAAAGGGAACUUUUUUUUUAACAUCUUAGCCUCUGAAAAAUAAAGAGCAACUUAGAGUUGAAUGAAUUGCAUGCAGAGUUAUGGGUUUUGACCAGACAGAUUCUAUUUAACCAGCUCUACUGACUUUAAAGAAAGACACAGAGAGGCUGGGGAGCUUUUUAAAAAUGUCUUUUAGUUUAGUUUUUUUUCAAUGAGGGUACAGGGGGAAAAAGGGAGCUGAAGGCAGCCUGUUGAAGAGCAGCAGCAGGGAAGAUGGGUCUGUUAAGCGUGGAUUUGCUGAUCACGCUUCAGAUCUUGCCGGUUUUUUUCUCCAAUUGCCUCUUCCUUGCACUCUAUGAUUCUGUGAUCCUCCUGAAGCACAUGGUGCUGUUUCUGAGUCGGUCUAAGUCUGCGCGUGGUGAGUGGCGAAGGAUGCUGACCUCAGAGGGGCUGCGUUGCGUCUGGAAUAGCUUCCUCCUAGAUGCUUACAAACAGGUGAAAUUGGGUGGAGAAGCCCCAAACUCCAGAGUGAUUCACAUAACCAAUGGCGUCAGUGGUGGCAGUACCAGAUGCAAGAGUGUUGGUGGAAAGUUGGGGAGCAAGUGCCAUCUCUUGGAUUUUGCCAACUCUGAGCGCCCCCUGGUGGUCAACUUUGGUUCAGCUACCUGACCUCCAUUCACAAGCCAGCUGUCAGCCUUCAGCAAGCUGGUGGAGGAGUUUUCAGGUGUGGCCGACUUCUUGUUGGUCUACAUUGACGAGGCUCACCCAUCAGAUGGUUGGGCUGCUCCUGGAAUCUCGCCCUCUUCAUUUGAGGUGAAAAAGCACAAGAACCAGGAAGACCGAUGUGCAGCUGCUCACCAGCUCCUGCAGAGGUUUUCCUUGCCCCCCCAGUGCCAAGUAGUGGCUGACUGCAUGGAUAAUAAUGCCAAUGUAGCCUAUGGGGUCUCCUUUGAACGCGUAUGUAUCGUGCAGCGACAGAAAAUUGCUUACCUGGGGGGCAAGGGCCCCUUUUUCUACAGCCUCCAGGAAGUUCAGCUUUGGCUAGAACAAAACUGCAGCAAGAGAUGAAAUCCAGCAUAUGCUGAGGAAAAUGUUUCACAAGUAGUGUCCCUUUAAUGUGAUAUAAAAGGGAAAAAAA